UAUCAUCAUCUCGUAUAACCCCAAAGUGAAUGUCAACUGUCAAGCGUGCUAUGCCCCCCAACAACAGCGAGUCCCCAUCCGACUUCGAUCAGCUGAUUCUCCCUCUCCGGUGCACUCCAUGUCAUCCGCGCUGGAUAUACUGUGUACUGCUUGUGCUGUACAGAGAUCUCCGCUCUGCACAUUGGUUUUGCCCCACUCUCGGUGGAAAUAAAUUCACGGCAACGCUGAACACAUUACUAUUAGUGCUCGGUGAAGCUUAGAAAACAAAGAGACGACAUGCAUCAGUGUUGACUUUUGGUGUUUAAUUAUCGUGCCUUCCUUCUGCAAGCCUCUGUGAACCCUGAUUAUCUUCAUAUCAGCCAACAACUCACCAACCACUCGAUAGCCCUUGGAAUUCCCAACAUUCUUCACUAGAGUAACUCAUGGCAAACAAUGAAUUGGUGGAAGCUAAUAGUCAAAGUCUCGUCCGGAGACUAUUGACAGCCUCGAGUUGGCUUUGGAGCUGGUUCAGUUGGUCAGGGUCCUCUGCAACGAUGCUGAGAGCAGCGGAAAAAAAAAUCCUCUCGUAUUUGAAAAGUGCUUAUCGGGGCUGGUAUGUCGAUAUUGGACCAUGUGUGGGUACCGCAGAUAAAAUAUGGACAAUAGCAUUGAACGAAGAUGCACAAAAUACGCCAAUUGUCCUUCUACAUGGCUUGGGUGCUGGUGUUGCACUUUGGUGUCUCAAUCUCGAUAGCUUAUCAACAGAACGACCAGUGUACGCUGUAGAUCUAUUAGGAUUUGGGAGAAGCAGCCGGCCGAAUUUUAGCAGUAAGGCGGAUGAAACUGAGACACAGCUGGUUCGUUCCGUUGAAGAAUGGCGAAGAGAGAUGCAAUUAGAAAGAUUUGUCCUAUUGGGGCACUCAAUGGGGGGUUUCUUAGCGGCUUCCUAUGCCAUACAUUAUCCUGACAGAGUUAAACAUCUCAUAUUAGCUGAUCCCUGGGGUUUUCCGGAGAAACCGGCGGAUGCUCAUGCGAGAUAUCAAGUACCAUUUUGGGUGAAAGCCAUUGCAUUUAUGAUUCAGCCUCUGAAUCCUCUAUGGGCAGUUAGAGUUGCAGGCCCUUUCGGUCAAAGGCUCAUUGAAACAGCGCGACCAGAUAUUGUUAGAAAAUUUGUCCCAGCUCUGAAAGAUGAUGCCAAUGUAAUUUUCCAAUACAUCCAUCAAUGCAAUACGCAAACACCUUCGGGGGAAAGUGCAUUCCAUGCAAUGAUGCAAGGUUUUGGUUGGGCAAAAAAUCCAAUUAUCAACAGGAUCGAUCAAAUGCAUGAAGAAGUACCUAUAACAUUGAUUUACGGCAGUCGUUCAUGGGUGGAUAAUUCAGCCGGAGAAAUAAUCAAACAAAAGCGUGUCAAUUCGUACGUCAAUAUUCAAGUAAUAAGCGGUGCUGGCCACCACGUUUAUGCAGAUAAGAGUGAAAUUUUUAAUAAACAUGUGCGUGAGGCUUGCUUGUUGAGUGAUAGUAUAUCGAAAUUGUCAGCUGAAGAUGCCCGACAUACAACUAAAAUACCCCCUCGACGUUUGCCAACAUUGUAUGUUGAUGGAAAUGACUCAAAGUCAGAAGACGAAGGUGAAAAUGAUAAGGGGCCUGUCGCACAGCAAUCUCCAAUUGUCGAGCCUGAAUUGGAAACGCCACGACCGAAGACUAGUUGAAUAUAGAAUAAUUACAACUUUCUAGCCAAUUAAAAAUCCCCCCUAAGUUAUUUUUUAUAACUUUUUGAACUGAGUGCACUGAGAGAAAAGCAAAUGGGUUCUCAACUGUCUUUCCCAAUGCUAGCCGAACCAUUUGUUGAUAGUUAUUAAACUAAUAAUUGGUUUCUUCAACUUCCCGUUAUGAAAUGAUAAACUAGGGGAAGUACAAUUUUCUCGAGAGUAAAUUGUACUUGGCCAAUUCUUUCCACAAGUGGCUAAGGAAUGAUUUUACUGAAGUGCGUUAAGAAAAUGUAUUUAUCCUAGUUCAACAAUUCAUUACAGAUUUUAGAAGCUCAGAAAUGGGCAAUUGUGUUCCUUCCAAUAACAACGAAAUAAGUGGAUCAGACCUUACCUCUUACGGAUAAAAAUGUUUGUUACAUCUGAGAGUUUGUCAAGAAAUAUGUCAUCUGUGAGUGACAAAGCUCCUCCUUUGAUCAUUUCUAAGGAAAGGUUUGGUACAAGUAAGACUUGAUUUCGGAUUCUGUUGUUUUUCUGCCAGUGCUGGUUAACAAAUUGAUUAAUCGAAGGAGAAGACGUCUAAAAUUAUCCUUUCAUUUCCUGCUGAAAUAAGUAUUUUAAUGUCUUUUUAUAGAAAAUCAUAUAUAUUUAUAUAUAUAGUAAUGUUCAGUUUCGAUUUGAGAGAGGAAUUAUUCAAUCAGUUAACAUGUCGAUUGUGGAGACUAGAAUAGUAUGAAAUUAUGUUGUUACCGUAAUAAAACUGUGAUGAUCUUUAUCAUAAUAAAGAACAACUAGAUUAUUA